AAGAAACGCGAUUGAUAAGAUGUGGUCAUUGUACUUGCUGUUUUGAUUUCUAAUUAAAAUAAUAAAGUGAUAACAAUAGAAUUGUUUUUGGAAACUCAUUGGAUCUUAUGAAAAUAUUACAACACCCGAAUUAAAAAUGUUGGGAGGAGUUAAGCUCAAAGUGAUUUUCACGCACGAAAAAACUUGCUUCGCUUAUAUCAGUCCAAAGUACAGUACAAAUAAUGAACAGACUCAAUGUGUCCAAGUGCUGUGCAGAGAGAAACAGAUCCUUUUAUGGGUGGUUUUCAACAGUGGUGUAUCAGAAGGUCACAUAGCUUGCAAUCCUAUAUAUAGCCGGAUGGUGGGGCUUGAGGAGGGGGCAGAAGUGUUUGUGUCACCAUAUUCCGACCUGAAGGUCUUAGAUGAGCUAUAUGUGGAAACUGAUAGCCCUGAUGAUCAGGAGAUACUGGAACACAAUGUAGAAUUAUUACAAAUGCGCAUAUUAGAUCAGCUGCGGCUCGUUGUAUCCAAUCAGAAGACAGUGGUAUGGAUAUCAGCUUCAUUACCUGUAGUUUUUACACCAAAACAGACAGGCAUUCUAGUCAACCAUAGCCAAAUUAUAGUCAAAAUGGAUGCUUUUAAUAGUCUUCAUAACUACCCUUCAUUACCAGUUCCACCACCAAAAGAAAAUGAAGAAUUUAAGAACAUAGGUGUUAUAAACAAAGGCAUGCUGGCUCCAUAUCUGAAUGCUCCAACAAAAUUGGUGCUCAGAGCUGUCCCUAUCGAUAGUGAUGGCAAAAAGAACUUGAUACAUCCAUACACAGUAUUCAUUCAUGAGGAUAUCAUUGAAGAGAAAUACAAGAACUUAACCAUAAUUCUGUCUACAAUGUCUAGCAUACCUUCUAUUUUAAGCAAUGAUGAUGAUAAUGAGAAUAAUAAUACACCAAUCAAUGAUGUUGGCGUUGAAAUAGUGCCUAUAGACUCAGUGAUCUACAGAAGUUUGUGCAGAGAAGUGCACAAUAGAAACAUACCAACUGUACUUAUUCCAAAGUCCUUGAAUGCCAUAAUUAAUAUUGAAAAUGGGAUGAGAAUCAUCUUCAGUAUAAUUGGAGAUAGUAUAGACCAGCCAGAUCACAUUGAUAUAGUCACAUAUUCAGACCAACAACAGACAGAAAUGGAUAUUGUAGAGAAAUUCAAGAACUGUGUCAUAAGCAGCACACAUUCAGGCAAAAAGUUCCUAAUAAAUAAUGGUUUGAUUAAACAAAAUACUGAAAUCUGUAGUGGCUACCUCCAAUUUAAAUUAAAACCGGAAAAAAUGAAAUUCACCAUGCUCAAUUCUGAAUCUUUUAGAGCUUGCAGCAUAGCAGCUAAAUGUUUAAGUGACACGGACAUGGCCUUACCGAAAUCAUUAAUUUCGAAGUUAGAUUAUGACUAUAAGUAUUACUGUAGAACAAUGAAAUCUAUGGAGGAUUUAGUCCAAAAGGUUUUAGCGCAUUUAAACUUCGAGAUACAUAGAGAGGCAACUUUUAAAGGUGUGUCAGAGAUCAAGAGUAAUGUUUUAGUUACUGGUCUUAGUGGCACUGGCAAAUCCUCAUUUUGCCAAAUAAUUCAGAAGGAACUGACAGUUUGGACACACAUUCUUCAUUGUCGUUCUCUUAGAGGUCGGAAGGACGUAUCCGAGGUCCUUGGCAAGGCAAUACUGAUGUGCCAGGAGCAUAGUCCAGCGGUCCUGAUAUGUGAUGACGUUGAUGCACUGGUGCCACCCAAUGUUGAAGGUGCUUCUCCUCAGGAUAUUGCAUAUUAUCAGAGGUUAGCAGUGGUCAUAAAACACUUGCUGCAGACUUGCGCAGGUGUGUGCGUGUUGAUGACGGCGCUAAGUACCAAGGACCUGCACCCAACGUUACGACAGUUCAGUGGGAAGCCGUUGUUCACUGCACAAUUCGAUAUUCCUGAGUUAGAGAAGAGUGAAAGAAUAGAAUUGUUCAAACAUCUGUUAACGGAUAAGAUUCGUCAAGAGUUUGAAGUGGAGGACGAUGACGUCAUCAAGCUGGCUAUGGACACCGCUGGCAGUAGCGUCAGGGAAAUCACUGACUAUCUCAACAAGAAAAUAUUCAAAGCUGUCAAGAAGAAAAAAUCGAACCCAGAUGUCCCUAAGCCUCGUUUGGUGGAAGAUAUAACGAAGGACGAAGAAAAAGCCAACGAGUUCGAUAUCUGGGGUCCCGUGGGAGGGCUGGAGGAGGUCAAACAAGAACUUACGGAGUGUAUAUUCUGGCCUAUCAUGUAUCCAGCCCUAUUUCCAUCCCAAUCGUGCGGUAUCCUGCUGUAUGGCCCCCCGGGUACUGGCAAGUCUCACAUCGGUUCCUGCCUGGCUCGCCUCGCCAAUAUGAACAUGAUCACCGUCAAGGGUCCCGAACUGCUCUCCAAGUACAUAGGACAGAGUGAGAAGGCCGUCCGGGAUAUAUUCGACAAAGCGGAUAUGAAGAGGCCGUGUAUACUGUUCUUCGACGAGUUCGACAGUCUCGCGCCCAAACGAGGUCACGACUCCACAGGAGUGACAGACAGGGUAGUGAACCAGUUGUUAUCCCGGUUGGACGGCGCGGAGGGGGGCGCCCGGGGGCCCGUACUGGCCGCUACCUCGCGGCCCGACCUGGUGGACCCCGCGUUGCUGAGAGCGGGCCGGUUGCAGCGACAUGUGUAUUGUGCCCUGCCUGAUAAGCAAGGUCGUUAUGAGGUUCUCAGAACGUUAACGAAGAGUGUCCAAGUGGAUGAUGCGGUAGACCUUCAGGAUCUAGCGGAGAGGACGGAGGGGUACUCGCCUGCAGACCUCAAGUCUAUUCUAGUCACAGCUCAGCUUACAAGAUUGGAGAACCAAUUGGCGACAAAUGAGGAGAAGUCGAUGGAAUCGGUGGUGGUGUACAAAGAGGACAUAGAGAGUGCCUUAACGGAGACCAAACCUUCGCUGUCCGUGCAGCAGAGACUGUUCUACGAUAUGAUAUACAAAAGGUUUCGAGGUGAGAGCUUGACUCCGGAACAGAAGAUGUUAUCUAGCUUUCAAGGGAAACAAAGAGUAACGCUAGCUUAAAGUUCUUCACUUAUUUUAUACUGCAUUCUGAACUAGAUAUAUUUGGAACUAAAAUACGAAGAAAAAAAGGCAAAAGCUUGUAAAAAACUGACUAUAUGACUGAUAUAAUAUGUAUAUUAAGCCCUUUUUUUCUCAAAAGAUGUAUAUAUUUUAAUUGUUGUUCAUGUAAAAAUCAAUACACAGACCAUAGGAGUUUUUGUGUCGGCAAAGGAAACAGUAUUUGAAUAAUGACUUUGACUUUGGAAAAAUUAUAAAAAUGGUUUUCUAUAUUCAGAUCUCUAACCUAAUCCACACAACAUGUUAUCACUAAAUUGGACGUUAAAUGUUUGGUAGCUACUGUGAUUGGCAAAAUUGCCUUCUGGUGCGGCGCCAUCUAGUGAGCAACAAAAUUGUAACAUCUAUUGUAAAAGAAUACAAGACAAAAAUGUACUUAACAAUCUCUUAAAUUAUAAUAACCGAGCUUUUAGAAAUAAUUUUCUGACCAAAUAUUUGUACCAUUGAAUAUUAUACCUCGACCGAAUAUUUAUUAGAAUCAUUUUUGACACCAGUAUUCCUCGUUUUCUUCAUAUAAUUUGUGCAAUAACUAUAGUGAGAAAUACAAAACAAUAUUGAAAGGAACGGCUUAAUCACGUAAAUGAAUUGGCGGCAAUGUCGAGCAGCCAACGCACUCUAUUUAUAAAUAAAAUAUUAUAAUAAUUCAUGCGAUGUCUUUAUUCUCAAAACAUAACAAAUAAUAUGUAUUAAAUGUUUUUUUUCCUAUUGUAAUGGAAUUGAUAUUUUGAGUGCUAUGGAAGCUUAAGUUUAUUAAAUAAUCCUUUAAUCUUUCUUGUGAAUGGGAAUCUGGGAAUGUUCCUGUCGUGACGUAUAUGCAGCGUUUUGAUCAUUCUUGUGGAUGGGAAUCUGGGAAUGUUCAUGUCGUGCCGUAUAUGCAGCGUCUUGUUUGUGCUAGUGACUCACAAUGCCUUUGUUUCUAACACACAAGGUUAUUUGUCCCUUACAAAUACCUUCACAAUGAAUGUUUCAUAAAAAGGUAAAAAAAACACUCAGUUUCAUAAAAAUAUUACCUGUAUCAAUACUAACAAAAUUUUCUUCUAUUUAUAGUUAUUAUUUAUGUGAUACGGCGGCAAAUGAGCUUUUUGAUUACCUGAUGGUAAGCAAUCGGUGCCGCAGAUGGAUUGGGCUACCAGUAACCUCACUUGCACGGCAACAUUAAAUGCUGUGGUUGUUUCACGUUGGUUUUCUGUGAGACUGAGUUAUUGUUUUGGUCGAGCCUGUUCGUUCUUGCUGAAGCAUAAAAUUAAGAAUUUGUGUACCACUCUUCUUUGAUAAAUAGCUUCUUUGAAUAAUAUUUUAUAGGUUUUAGUAUAUUGUCAACGUUCAGUAACGUUCG